AUGAAUAGUAAUGAUAAGAUAGAACUCCAACAAACAAUACCGGCACAAUCAAGUGUCAAAGUAUCUUCUAAUAAAACAGAGAUUAUAAGAAAAAAUAUUGAUCCAUCAACAGAAGUAGCUGAAACUCAUAUUCUUCUUGAAGACAAUUCAUUUCCAUCGAGUUCAAUUAUUCAUAAAGACAAUAGUUUUAUACGAAUCAAUACUAAUUUGACAUCAAUGGAUCAAUCUACUCGUCGAACCGUAACAUUUGAUGAUAAUCUAAUUUCAAAUCGACCCAUUCAUACAUCAAAUUUAAAUUUUCGAUUAUCGAAUGAUCAACGAGAGAAAGAGAUAGCUACUAAUCCACAUUUACAAAAUACUGUUACUAAUUCUGAUCAAACGAAUACUACUACACAAAAUUUAAAUGAUCUCCUUUCUGGAGAAGAAUAUAUUCCAGGAGGUUUUUGUAAUCUCGAUCAAGAAUUAGAAGAAGAAUUAAUGAAUGACUUUGAUGAUGAUUUUGAUGAUCAAAUUACACGACGUAGUCGUUAUAUAUCUUCAAUACGUUCAAGUGAUCCAACAAUUAAUGUUACUCGAUCACCCAUUGAACUUUGGCAACGUGCCCGUAUUCUCAUUGCUAUUCAUCUCUAUAAAAUUCAAAAUAAAACUCCUAAUUUACAUAAUGAUAUAUCGAUGGCAGUUGAUUCAUCAUUAAAAAAGACAACCAAUAGUACUGAUAACUCGAAUUAUUUAGGAAAAUUAUUCGAAGAAAAAGAAAAUACAGAAGAGAGAAAGAUUAUAUUUGGUCUUUCAAUUCUAAAACAAUUUCUACUUGAUUCUUCUCACCAAUAUCAAUGUAUAGAUUUCUAUGAUAUUGAACAAGGAUAUAUUAUUAUGUGUAAUACAACAGUUCAAUCACCUAAUAUUGCUAUUGAUCAAAAAAACAAUAGUAAACUUCUUGUAUAUUCAAUGAAUAAAAAACUAUUGAAUGAUAGUUGUACAGUUGAAUUUGAUUGUCCUUUUCAAUUUAAUUUUAUGAUUUGUAUACCUAUUUUUCGUCUUAUACUUGGUUUUAUGAAUAUAAAAAAACAAAAAUCAUUAAUGAUACUAAUUGGUGAUGCAUCACGUAAAAGUAUAUUCUUAUCAAAACAAGAAAUAUCUGAUAAUAUUUACAGUAUCCUUUAUAUUCAUGAAGUAUCAAUGCUUUUCAUUGGUUGCAUGGGUCGAGUUUUCUUAUACAAUACUCAACCACUUCAAUUUAUUUCUCAACCAUUACUUAUUUCUGAACUUACUCAAUUACCAUUUCAUUCAACUGAACCAAUUAUACAUAUUUGUCAAAUAGGAACAUAUCGUUCUAUUGGAAUUUUAUCAAAUCGAUAUUUUAUUUUAUGGCAAUAUGUACCAACUGAAAAAUUAUUAUUAAAAUUUUGUAAUCCAUAUCGAUAUGAUUUUAUUCGUUGUCAUUAUAUUUCAAAAUAUGAUUAUAUUAUAUUUGCUUUUAUCGAUGGGUUUGUUUUAAUUUAUCAAUUAAAUCAAAUGAAACAAAUACGUCGUUAUCAAUAUCAUUGGAAAAUGAUAACAGAUUUAAAAAAUAAUCAAAAUAUACUUCUCUCAUCAUCACUUGAUCAUAGAAUUAAUAUUUGGAAUUUAGAAACUCUUCAACAUAUUUAUCAAUAUAAUACAUAUGAAGAAAUAUUUCAAAUUGAUAUUAUUCAUGAAGAUUUAUUUUAUUAUCGUACUUUACAGAAUAUAGUUAUUUUUAAAUUAAAUUUACAUACUUUAUUAUUUUCUAUGACAAAAUCAAAAGUUCUUGCAUUGAAAUUAUUUACGGAUAUACAAAAAAUUGCACGUGUUACAGUUAUAUUAGAAGAUUAUUCAUGUAUACUUAUAUCACCAGUUAGUGGAUGUUGCCUUACAUACGUACCAAAUACAGCUAAAAAACCAAUUAAACAAAUUUUACAUGAUAUUAGCAGGUAA